UUUCUUCCUCUUCUUAGGUUUCACGUGUGUCUCCAAAUCCAUUUCUCAUUAUGCUGUGCUCUUUCCCUCUUUUUGCCAAACCCUAUUAUAAUAGGCCUAUUUUCCACUCCAUUGACCAAGCUGGCCAACAGAAAAAAUCAACAAACAUUAAUUCAAGUAUUGGCACUUCUAGCUAUGGUCUUAAUAAUAGGUCAAAACCAAUUAGAACUUGCAUUUCAACUAACCAAGAAAAGUUUGAUCACAAGCACCAAUAUCCCAAAGACCUCAACUUUUAUGAUUCUUCUCUAGCAAAGGAAAAACCUAAAUAUGAUGAAGAUAGUUUUAACAAGGCAAAGUCAAGAGCUUUGAAGAUUUAUAGAGAAUUAAAGAAAGUUAAGCAGCCCAUUUCUCCUGGAGGUAGACUAUCAAGUUUCUUGAACUCACUUUUCACAAAUGGGAAAAAAGCUAAGAUUCCCUCAAAUGAUGAUGAGGAGAGGAAAUUAAAAUCAGCAAAUAAUGCAUCAACUUGUUCUUCAUUUUCUAGAUCAUGUUUAAGCAAUAAUAUUAUUAAUAAUACUCCAUGUGGACACAAGAAUUUGGAUAUGGACCAACAAAAUGUGGAGGCUAUAAAAGGAAUUAAUAUAAAUUAUGUUAAUGAAGAUCACCAGCUAAAAUUCCACAAGAAUAUUGAAGUUGAAGAUGAAGAUGAUGGUGAAGGUGCAAGUUGUGCAAGUUCUGAUCUGUUUGAGCUUGAUAUUUUUUCCUCCAUUGGAUUAAUGGGAUUUCCUGUAUAUGAAACAACAAAUCUUGGUACUAACUAGCCAUUAAUGCAAAUG